AUGGCUGCCCCUUCCCUGCAUGGCCUCGCCAUGAACCGAAUGCGUCCAUUCGCCGCCCUGUGCUCGCUGCUCCUCUGCAAGCUUCUUGCUCCGGUCCUUGCCCAGGCCCCGGAAGGCUCCUUGCUGGAGCACCGUGAAGAAGGGGAGGUGCGCCUUGCGGAAGUUCGCCGCUAUGUGCUGCGCGCCAGGAAGGCCCGGCUUGGCCUCUUUGUGCAGAUCGGUCAUCACGACUGGGCCUCGCAGAUCUCGCAGUGCCUUGAGGAGGUGCUGUCGGCGACCGACGAGCCAACUGGCGUGCAUCUCAACUUUGUCAACGGCACUGCCCCCUCCGAUGACGAGGUGGAGGAGCUGCUGGGCUACGUCCAGGGCAAGCACAGCAAGGCCAACAUCUUCGUCACCAACUCUGCAGGUGCCGCGGCCGACAUGCCUCAGUUCCUGAUGCAGUUGGAUUCCGCUACUCGCGGGGGUGUGGACUAUGACAUCCUCUUGAAGCUCCGUGUGUCACCGCGAGACGAUGUACAGCAACUUGCGUCCCAGGCGCUCUGCGGCACGCGCUUCCACGUGCGCUCAGUGCUGAAUGCUUUCGCUUCCCGACCUUCGCUGGACCUCAUCGCUCCUGCAGGUACCAUCGUGGACCGAAAGACCAGCAAAAAGCACCUGGCGCCCUCCGUCUUCAACAAGGUCUUGGGCAACCGGAGCUGGAGAGGUUUCAGCGAGGGCAGUGCAAAAGGAUUCCGCUCCCUGCUCCUGAUGAACACAGGGCAUGUGGGUCUGAACGAAGCGGAGGACCUGGCGACCUACGUCGCCGGUGGGAGCUUCUGGCUCCGGAGGGAAGCAGAGCCUUUGAAGACCGCCGUCGCUGCCAUUCCGCGGCUUGCGCCCUUGAUCCAGAAAAAGAACGACGAAGCUCAGGCCCUGGAGCUGGCACUGGAAGGCUUCGUGACGACGGCGCUGCGUCUGCGGGGCCGCAGCCUAGCUACGAUGCCCCCGGCCCCAAAGGUCAUCGCGAUGUACUAUCCACAGUUCCACCAAGUGCCUGAGCUGGAGAAGUUCUUCGGAGACGGCUACACGGACUGGAAGGCGCUGCAGGAUUUCAAAGGCGAGGGACUUCGGAAGCCUCUGAGCGAGGAGCGUGGAGGUCUGGGCUUCUAUGACCUGAUGAAGCGUCAGGUCAGGGGCCGCCAGGCCCAGCUAGCCAAGCAGCACGGAGUGCAUGGCUUCUCCUACUACCACUACUGGUUUGGUGGUGAGGGCGGCCAGAACAAGAGCGUGAUGUGGAAGGUCCCGUACCAGGUUCUCCAUGAUGGGCAGCCCAAUCUGCCUUACUUCUUCACCUGGGCCAACGAGCCUUGGACCCGAAAGUUCUCGGGCCAAGCCGGUGAGGAUGGCACGGGGACCCUCAUCCCGCAGACCUACGGCGACCGUGAGCACUGGGAAGAGCACUUUGAGCACCUGAUGCAGUACUUCAAGGAUCACCGCUACAUGAAGAUCGACAACAAGCCCGUCUUCGCCAUCCUCCGCCCCCAGCUUUUGGAGCAGAAGCUGGAGCCCAUGCUGAAGCUUUGGAGGAGCCUUGCGGUGGAGAAGGGCUUCUCCGGCCUCUACAUCCUCUCUUCCGUGGGCCGGCGCUUCUACGAGGAGCACAACUACAAGGCGGAGCUCUUGGAUGGAGCCUUUCAUCAUGCCCCAAGUUGCAGGGAUUUGUGCGGUGGUGUUGCUUCGGACCGCGACCUCUACCUGGUCAAGGAGCAGCACCAGUACUGGGGUGCUGCGACAGGCUUCGACGGCCGAGUGCAUGGCAACAGCGGUGCGCUGCACGUGACGCCGAAGACCUUCCAGCAAGCAUUGGUGGGGUCUUUCGCCAACAUGACCGCCAUGCCGCAGCGACAUGUCCCUGAGAAUCUCUUCUUCGUUGGCUCCUGGAACCAUUGGGCGGAGCAGCACACGCUCGAGCCGGACGACAAGUACGUUUUCGGCUACCUCCAGGCCUUGCGCAAUGCCCUUGAGCACGUGAAGCCCCGCGAACUGGAAGCCCGAGAGACAGCCACGCAAGAAACGGUGUGA